CGGUGGGUGGGCCGCUGCCUUCGUCUCGCCAAUCUGUUUCCCCUCCUUCGGGAGCGACUCUGCGAUCCGAUUACCAACCGGACGAUCGCUCUGUCCCUAAAGGGUGUUGUCGCCUUUGAUCUGGAUCGGCAGCAGGAAAGGGGAAGGCCUUCAUCUUUCUAGUGCUCGUUCCAUCCACGAAAGAAACGAGUGAAGAGAGAUCGGAUCGAGAUCGAUUGGUGAGGGGAUUGGAUAGGCGAAGAGUGGCAAUGUACAACGGCAUGAUGGAUCCGGAGCUGAUGAAGCUCGCCCAGGAGCAGAUGAGCCGUAUCCCACCCGAGGAGCUCGCCAGGAUCCAGCAACAGAUGAUGGCCAAUCCCGAACUCCUUAGAUUAGCAACAGAAAGUAUGAAGAAUUUGAGGCCUGAAGAUAUGAAACGUGCUGCAGAACAGCUACAGCAUGUUAGAACUGAGGAUAUGGUUGAGGUUAGUGAAAAAAUGGCCAAGGCUUCUCCAGAAGAAAUUGCCUCAAUAAAGGCACGUGCUGAUGCUCAAGUUACAUAUGAACUAAAUGCAGCACAGAUGCUGAAGCAACAGGGAAAUGAGCUUCAUAGCCGUGGACAAUAUCACGAUGCUGCUAAGAAGUAUUUGCUUGCAAAGAACAACUUAAACGGCAUGCCUUCAUCCAAAGGUGGAAUCCUCCAGAUGCAAUGCUCUCUCAACCUAAUGUCAUGCUACCUGAAGAUGAAGCAGUUUGAGGACUGCAUCAGGGAAGGUUCUGAGGUUUUGGCAUAUGACUCAAAAAAUGUAAAAGCCUUUUAUCGCAGAGGUCAAGCAUAUAAAGAAAUUGGGAAUUUACAAGCUGCUGUCUCGGACUUUAACAAGGCUCAUGAAAUGUCCCCUGAUGAUGAAACUAUUGCGGAUGUCCUAAGCGAUGCAAAUGAGAAAUUAAUUAAAGAAGGUGGAAAUAAAAGUGUGAGACAAGGUUUGGUGAUUGAAGAAAUAGUGGAAGAUGAGAAACAAAACAUUCCAUCCGAAAAUCAUAGAAUUUCACCUGCAGAGCAUUGUACUAGCCCAUCUGUGGAAAUUGGCGAAUCCUCUCUAAAUUUACAUCAACCUGACCCUGAUGCUGCUGUUGAGAAGGGCUGCCUAGAAGGUUUCAGAGACAAUCCAGAAAACAUCAGAUUAUUCCAAAAUUAUAUAUCCAAUGCUGAUCCUAGUAAUCUGGAAGCUUUGGGCAUGCAAGGAAUGUCACCUGGGAUGAUUAAAACAGCCACAAAUAUGAUUGGCAAGAUGAAGCCGGAGGAACUUCAGAAAAUGUUCCAAGUUGCUUCAUCUUUGAAUGAAAGAGGUCCAGAUGUUUCAAGGCUAGGAUCAAAGUUUCCAGAAAUGACUCCUGAAAUGAUUAAAAUGGCAUCUGAUACAGUUAGCAAGAUGUCUCCUGAAGACCUUCAAAAUAUGCUCAAAGUUACUUCUUCACUGAAUGUGAACAGUACUCCUCCGACAGCUGCAACUGAUGUUUGUGGCCGAAGACCAGAAAGUGGCUUUCAGUCUUCAGAGGCUGCUGGAACUUCCUCAUUUAAAUAUUCUGGUUUAGAAGAAAGUAAUUCAGGUGCUUCAUUCCUUGACUCAAGGGUGGGUCAAUCAUCUUCUAGCAUUCCACCUUCACCGGCUGCUUUGCAGGAGAGCAUGCAGAAUUCAAUGAAGGAUCCGUCGAUGCGUCAGAUGUUUGCAUCAAUGAUGAAGAACAUGAGCCCAGAAAUGAUGGCGAAUAUGAGCGAACAAUUUGGAAUGAAGCUUUCAAAGGAGGAUGCAGCCAAAGCUCAACAAGCCAUGUCACAGUUAUCACCAGAGGACUUGGAUAGAAUGCUAAGGUGGGCCGACAGGGCACAACAAGGGGUGCAAACUGCCAAGAACAUGAAGAACUGGCUCCUGGGACGGCCUGGCAUGAUCCUCGCAGUUGUGAUGCUGAUUCUCGCAUUCAUCUUCCAUCAACUCGGCUUCAUUGGUGGAUAGUCAUCCCUCCACUUUGCCAUCUGCAAGUUGUGCCUGCCAAAGGAUGUGCUCGCAUCCCUCUGUCCACCAAUGCUGGGCGUAAUCUCGUUUGUCCUGACUAAUAAAUAUCGGUUUGAAUUUUACGCAUUAACAAGGUUUAGGGCCACCAACUCAUUCAGACUUGGAUCAGUGUAACAUAGGGUGCUUCCAAGAUGUCCGACGGAAAUGUACGUAAACUGGGCAAAUUUACAGUUUUUCAAAAUUUUAUAAAUACUAUCGACUUUAAUAUGUAAAAUCAAACACUAUGCAAAUUAGCUCGUGUGCCGUGUUUACUAGUGUUUGAGAAAGCAUUAC